AUGUUUCGACUAACAAUUCUGUUAGUUAUCACUACUUUUUCACGAUGCUCAAUGAGAUCAAUAAAUUAUCGACCAGUUGUUCUUAUGCACGAUAUCGUCGCAUUUGCUUCUGAUAUGAAUGAACUAGUUAGCUGGCUUCGAACAGCUUUUCCUGAUAUCUAUGUUGUAUCGAUCGAGAUAGGGAACGGUUUUGAGGACUCAGUUUUAUGGCCGCUAGAUAAACAAGUAGAGCAUUUUUGUGUUGCAAUUCGUAAUGAUGUUCAUCUUCAGCAAGGCUUUAAUAUGCUUGGAUUUUCUCAAGGAAGUCUUAUUGUUCGAGGUGCUGUCGAACGAUGCUCACUACCUGUUUAUAAUUUAAUCACAUUAAGCGGUCUUCAUCAAGGAAUAUUUGGUAUACCUCAUCUUUUGAAACUUACAGCUCGGCUACGUGACUUGAUCACAGAAUAUGCAUAUGAAAAAAUAAUUCAAGAUCGCAUUAGUACAGCAAAUUAUUGGCGUGAUCCAAUUCAAUUAAAUAAAUAUAUAUCUCAAUGUCACUUUCUUCCUGAUAUAAAUAAUGAACACAAAACACUCAAUGAAACAUAUUGUACCAAUAUAUUGAAACUAAAUGCAUUUGUUAUGACAUAUUCUGAUCUAGAUGAAGUGUUUACGCCAAGAGAAUCAGGUUGGUUUCUUGGUUACGCUGAACAAUCUUUGAAUAUUGAAACAUGGAAUACCUCAAGACAAUUUACGGAAGAUCUUAUUGGCAUGCGAACAUUAUGGAAACAAGGAAAAUUAUUUAUGUUUAUUUCUCAUACACACGCCAUCAAGAUACGCCGCAUGCACCUAAUAGAGAUUGUUUUAUGA